GCAACGAACUUUACAUUUUGUGACGUCAUUGGCAGGAAUUUGUUUUCGCAGGAGGAGAGUUUAUUUGAAUUUACUGUAUACAUUUUUUUUCCUAUUGAUCAUUCUUCCGUUAGUAAACGAUUUUAUAAAUUAAUAGUUUAAACAAUUUCAAAUAAUUAUCGAUGUAUUAAAAAUUAUAUAAUUCAUUUCGACUUGAAAUUUCUUCUUCAUUUCAAAGGUGGCCGGUUGAACUUAAAUAAUUUUCCUAAUAUCUAGAGAGAUGUCCGAUAACAAAGAAGCUAGUGAUACUGUUGGACAAACAUCGGAUGAAAAUAGUGAAAAUCAGAUGAAAGAAGCUGAAAAAAGUGAAGAGGCCAAAUUAAGGGCAAAAUAUCCACAAGUUCUUAGACCUGGUGGUUCAGUGUUUCUUCAGAAGCGACUGCAGAAGGGACAGAAAUACUUUGAUUCAGGAGAUUACAACAUGGCCAAAGCCAAGGGUCAGAAAAUCAGACCAACUAUUCCAGUAGUACCACAGUUACCUACUGGGGAUGCUAUUCCGACCCCUGAUGAUUUGCCAGCGCGUAAGACUUCUAUUGUUCAAAGUAAAUUGGCUUCUGAUGUGGCAUAAAAUAGUUGUCAAAAUGACUAUUUCUUAAUUUUUUUUGUUUUGUUCCGAUGUCUGCCAAUUAAAGACAGAUUCGAGCUAAUCUGAUUUCAAACUAGUUUGUUUACAGAAAUGUCCGCUUAAUGUGACUAUUAAAAAAAAGUUGCACUUGUUUUCUAUUUAUGUAACACCCAAAACAAUGUCCAUUAAAACUUUAAACCAUUUUUGCAGUUAUUAACGAAUAUAAAUUGAAAAUUCAUCAACGUUAGAAUAAAUAUCCUUAUUGUUUCUGUUCUGAUUUCUGCCAAUUGAACCUAGUUUAUUUACAGAAAUGCUCGCUUGAUGCGAACAAUAAAGAAAAAGUUGCGUUUGUUUACAAUUUGAGUAACUCUUAAAGCACUGUCCAUUAGAACUCUGAAUCACUCUUACAGUUAUUAAGAAAUAUAAAUUUAAAAUGAAUCUCUAUUUUUUCUGAUUUCAGCUAAUUAUCGACAGACGAAUUGAAACAAAAGUCAGUUAUAACUCAUUUACGGGAAUGUGCACUUGAUGUGACUAUUAACUUUUGUGUAACUUUCAAAACCAUGUCCAAUACACCAUACUCGCAGUUAUUAAAUGGUAUGAAUUGUAACUUUAAAAUACAAUAUAUUUUCAAUGUUUUAUGUAGUAAUGAAAUAUGUAUAACAAAAUCUAUUCUUAAAGAACUUUGAUUAGUUGCCAAAAUUAUUAUGGUCAUUCAAUUCUUAUAUUUUGACUUUUUCUUUUUUACUUGCAUUUUUAGUUGAAUAUAUGCAAUGGACAAAAUAAAAAAUGUAAAUAUGCA